AUGGCUACCACGAUGGUCCUCCCGGUGGGCGAGGAUGAGAAGAACACAAUGGUCCAGGCCCAGACCAACACGUCCAGCAAUUCCAGCAAUUCCAGCAAGAACAGGCCGAAUCCCUUGAACCUUUCACCAUUUGAUCCCAACGAGUUGAGCCACAAAUUGUCCGCGGUGGCACUCGAUAAAGAAGAUGACUCGGCCUCAUCAAUUGUGUCCGGGUCCCAGGAUUCCCCCAAGGAUGACCCAUCCAAAAGUGCCACUCUCUCUCCAAAGACCGCUCUCAAGCAGUCUCCCGCCAAGUCUCCCAAGUCCCCCAAGUCCCGACAAAGCAGUAUAAGUUCUCGUCGCAGCAGCAUCUUCGGUCAUUUCUCGAUCAAGGGAUCCAAUUACGACCCCAAGAAGGAUGAUGAUAAGAUCUCAAAACCCGCUCCCUAUCGACAUGUCCCUAAAACCGCAGCGGCUCAGUUUGCCAAGACGACAACUAUCGAGCCCCUCACGGACAAGGCCGUCGUCACUAAGCAGAUGAAGUCUCCCGGACCUGCCCCGGCCACUAUGUCGCUCCAAGAUUAUAACAGACAAUACCGAAGAACCCAGAGCCUCAGUCACGGCAGGCCGUAUGACCGCAACGGCGCUCCCUUUACAGUUCUUGAGAGCACUGCCGAGGUCGAUGAGGACUCGAACCAACCCAGCAACAAACAAUUCCUGCAGCCUCACUCGCAAAACUUCGAUCCAGCCAACGAGAUGGCACGAAGAAUGAGCACUGGCAACAUGCGGGCUAGAUCUGACGUACAACGAGGUAUCGUUGAUGUUCCACUACACUCUGAUCCGCGCAAGGAUUCUACCAACCUGUCUGUGUAUAGGGCAGGAUCUGUGAGUUCCGUUGGCGGCAAUCUGUCUCCUUGGACCCAGGGUAGUGCCGCCAACUCUCCCUUUAACAGAGUAGACUUUGACUCUCGAAGAGGCUCUGAGGCUUCGGGUCCCUCACGCAGGAGCAGUGUUGGUCCUAGUGGGAAUACCCAGCGCGCAACUGUGGUGGACAUGUACCGUGUGGACUGGACUGAGAACGAUCAGUCCGGACGUAGGCGAGACUCGAGGUGGAGCAUCAUGCGAGGGCGGAUAGGCAACAAGGAGAGGAGAGAGUCCGGUUCAGUCUCCGGAGACUCGAACCCCCCGACGUCUCCCACAUCACCAAAGACUGGGUUUUUGGGAAGAUUUAAGCGGUAG